UCAGACACAAACAUCAGCCUUAGCUUACAGAUGAAUACUUUGUGGUGUGGUUUAGUUAAGCACAAGUCAGUGCCAAGUCUUACAGUUUGUAAAACACAUUGCCAUCUUGUAUAGAAGCCUAUUUCUGUGGCUGGAGAUGCAUUUUAACCCUUGUGUUGCCGUCACAUCUGAUCUUAGUUUUUUAAAUACUUGGGAUUUUCAUUUCAGUCAGGAAAACUGAAUGAGAAGAGUGUUGGGUUUUUUCUACAUGCAGUGUCAUGUAGGGAGCAGAGAGGAGGAUCAAUGGAUCAAAAAAGAGGCUGGAAACCUGUGCAACAGUAAGGAAUGAGAUGCAUCCACGAGUGAUCCAUCCUUGGUCCAAAACAGUGGGUCUGGAAUUGGCUGGUUAGCAGCAGUGUUGCCAGAUCCGGAAGAGAACACAACCCGCAACCGUCAGCAUUUAUAAGCGACUUAAUCAAAAAACAAGUCCAAAGUUGCUUAUAAUAAGCGGACAUUGCAACACUGGAGGUCCCUGUGAGCCCCUGCUGGUAGAUGCUGGAACUGAAAAAAAUUAUGGCAAAAAGCAUGUUUCUCUAGUGACAAAACUCAUAAUUAUUCAAGUCCAUUAUAGUACAUCUUUUUCCAGUGACAUAUUUUAAAUGGUUCCUAAAAAUGUGAAAUGGACGAGUGAUCAGCCACAUGAUAACUGUCCCAGAGCUGAGUACCCAUGAGCAAAGAUGGCAGCCUCUCCCCAGACAACAACAUUCCUAAAGACAAUAUUGUGAUAAUACUGAGAAAACAUACAGAAUAAAUUCAUGUCCUGAUGAGAUAUUUGUCUGAACCUUCUUAAGGCUGGAGGGUCACAAGUGGGCCUCAGUAAUAUGUUUAUAAUAUAUUGUGCAUGUCACAUUAACAAAAUGAUGUACAGUAUGACGUUUCCUGCAUCUUUUGUUUUUGGUGUCUGUACCUCAUUCUCCCCACAUCCUGCCUAUAACAGCACAGUUUCUUAUGCUACUUUUGCCUGCCAUGUGAGCAUGGUUUGAUUUAAUUUACUUGUCUUUCUGAAGUAAUGCUGGAGGGAACUCUUUUAAAGGAGUAUAUUAAGUUUGAAACUUUUUCAGUUUAAGUUGCUUAAAUUUACCUUUGUGAUAUCUUAAUCAAGCUUGUUAAUCUUUCACAUCGUACAACAUGGCGCUGAGACCCCGGAGAGAAGGUGGAAUAUUUACAGAUGAGGCAAGACAAUCAGAAGACUCCAUUAAACAGAUUCGAUUUAUGAUGCUUGGAAGUAAUGAGGUUUUGAUGAAGGAAGCCAUUGACACUAUCCUUGGGGUCACACAGAGAGGAGAUACCAGGAAAACUGGGACGUGUGAGGUUAGGGAGGGUAAUGUUUGUGGAUGGCAUGUGUCUGUUUUAAAAACUCCAUCCUUUUGGUUAGAACACUUGCAAUCAUACCUCCCUUUCAGCAAGAGAGUCAAAGAUAUGAAAACUGAUAUGAAGUUCUGUUACUCACUGGUCUUUCCAGGGCCACAUGUCUUUCUGCUGGUGCUUGGAGAUGUCCGUAACUCUGGUAAAGAGCAUUAUAUUUUACGAGCUCUCAGUGAGGUGUUUGGUAAGAAAGCUUUAGACUAUUGUAUGGUGUUAUUUAUACAUGAAUAUAAGGAGAGUGAUAUAGCAAGGAACCGUUGUGUCAGAAAGUGUACAAAUGGGUACUACAUUUUAAAGAAAACUGACCAGUCUUCAAAUUAUACAAAUGAUGAAUUAUUCCAAAAAGCCAUGAAGAGGACAGAUGGGAAAAUACCUUUUUUCACAAAUCAUCCUGACUACUUUGUAAAAGUUGAAAAUUAUUUCCGUACUGAGUAUUCAGAGAAAAUGAGAGAACUGAAAGAAGCUCAUCACAAAGAAUUGGAGGAAUUAAAUCUCAAGGAGAAUCACCUACGGGAGGAGUUGAAUGCUCUCCAGCUUACAAACGAGCAGAAUCUUUUCCUAGAGAGAGAGAGUCAAUUAAAGGAGACUCAAUUGAACAAUGACAAGCUUCAAAGAGAAGUGGACCAACUCAAAGCCAGGAUGGAGAAGGUUGAGACGGAUCUGAGGGACGUGCAAGAAACUGUUCCUCAUGCAAAAAUACAGUCAGAAAGUAAGCUAGCACAGAAAGAAGAGCAACUACAAGCCAAAGAGGAGCAAUUGCAUGAGAGAGAAAGAGAGAUGGAAUUGGAGGCCAGAGAGAGAGCGCUGACCCAGAGAGAUGCCCAAUCACAACAUGAGCAUCACAGCAGCAUGUAUCUUGUUCUCCCUGGAUCAUCUGAACACAAAGAUGAAAGAGAGGGAGAAACUGAGGAAGACUUACAAGCUAGUGGAUCACAACAGUUCGACGACUCUAAACCUGUGAGACGGGACAGCAUGCAAUUAGAUAAACCCUGUCUGGAAAUGAGCACAGACCUCUACAUGCUCUCUGAACGCACAGAGGUUACCUCUUCAGAACUGAACUACUGAACAGAUGGUACAUUCACAAAUGAAGAUAGACGAUCCAGAGACCCUGAUUUAAAGCUGAGAUUAAUGAUCCUCGGAGGUGAUGAGGUUCUUAUGAAUCAAGCAUGUGACACCAUUCUCAGGAUCAGACAGAGAGAAGACACCUCUAAACCUGGCACAUGGGAACCUAUGAAGACUCAUGUGUAUGGCCGACAGGUCUCAGUGUUAAAAACUCCGUCCUAUUGGCUGCAACACAUGAAAUCAUAUAUGUUUUUCAACAGUGCAGUCAAAUCUAUUAAAAAUGACCUGGAGGCCUAUGAAUCUCUGGUCUUUCCUGGGCCUCAUGCCUUUCUGCUGGUGCUUGGAGGUGUAAAUGGCACAGGUGAAGAGCUGUAUCUUUUACUAGCCCUCAGUGAAGUGUUUGGGAAGGCGGUCUUACAGUAUUGCAUGGUCUUAUUUGUGCAUGAAGUCGAGCAUAAUGAUCAAAUAAUGAAUGACUGUGUCAAUAUGUGUGGAAAGAGGUACCACAUUUUACAGGACAGCGACAACAGUGUUGAAACAUUGUUUAAAAAAAUUGUGACAAUGACAGAAGAAAGAAGCAAAGAAAGCACCUUUUUCACAAAACAUUUGGAAUGUUUCAGAAAAGCUAAAAA